AUGAUAAUAUCAUUAAAUAGUUUUUCUUCAGGUUUGACGAGACCUAUUUUUCUCGUUGGUUUAUUGGUAUUUUUAAAGAAUAUUUUGUAUUUCUUUUUUUGGCUAUUUAAUUAUGUAAAAUGCAAAAUCGCUUUGAAGAAUUUGAAAAGUUAUGGAGAUACAGUUAUUAUAACUGGUUGUACAGAUGGGAUAGGAAAAAGUUUAACAUAUUCUCUAAUAAAACAAAAUGUAAAUUUAUUAUUGAUUAGUAGGAACGAAACAGAAUUGAUGAAUAUGAAGAGAGAUUUAUUAGAGAAAAAUAAAAAUUAUAAAGGAACUAUUGAAUAUAUUACUUUUGAUUAUAAUGCUAAUGAUUUUACUAAGUACAAAAUUAUAGACGACAAAAUAAGGUCUAUGGACAUAGGAAUAUUGAUUAAUAAUGUGGGCGUAUCUUAUCCUCACCCAUUGUAUUUUCAUGAAAUGGAGCCCGAAUUAAUAGAACAGUUAGUCAAUGUCAACUUGCUUUCUUCGUAUUAUAUGACUAAACUGGUUUUACCAAAUAUGAUAAAAAAGAAGAAGGGUUUAGUUUUAUAUACAUCUAGUGGAAUUACCGCCUUGAAGUCUUGUCCCCUAUAUACAAUUUAUGGAUCAGUUAAAGAUGCCAUUUGUUCUUUUGCCAAUUCUUUAAGUGUGGAGCUAAAAGAAUAUAAUAUUCAAGUACAAUGCCAUGUUCCUCUCUUUAUUGUUACAAAGUUGUCGAAGAUAAAACACCCAGGAUUAUUUGUUCCAACAUCUGAUAUCUAUGCUAAAAGCGCUAUUCAAAAAAUGAGAGAAGGCAAUGUAUUGUCUUACAAAGUUAUAUGUUCACCUUAUUUAUUUCACAAGUUACAAAUUUUUAUUUAUAAUUGCUUUCCAAAAAUAAUCUUUGAUAGUCUUACUUUGGCACUUCUCAAAAUUUUAAGAUUAAAGGCAUUAAAAAAAUUGAAGAAAAGGGAAUAA